AUGGAGAAAUGGAAUCAAACAUCCAGCGAUUUCAUCCUUUUAGGGCUGUUGCCCGGAAACCAAACUGGCCUCCUUCUCAUGAUCCUUUUCCUCUUCGUGUUCUUUGUAGCUGUUUUGGGGAACUUGACAAUGAUUUGCCUUAUCCGUAAUGAUAACCGGCUCCACAUCCCCAUGUACUUUCUCCUCAGCCAGCUUUCCCUCAUGGACCUCAUGUACAUAUCAAACAUUGUUCCCAAGAUGGCGUUCAACUUUCUCUGUAGUGAGAAAAGAAUAUCGUUUGUGGGAUGUGGAGUGCAAAUCUUCUUCUUUGUGACCUUAGCAGGUUCUGAAGGCUUACUGCUGGCCUCCAUGGCCUAUGACCGCUAUGUGGCCAUCUGCCACCCGCUCCAUUACCCCAUCCGCAUGAGUAAAAUGAUGUGUGUCAAAAUGAUCAUAGGGUCUUGGAUACUGGGCUCCGUUAACUCCUUGGCACACACAGUCUAUGCUCUUCAUAUUCCUUACUGCAGAUCUAGGGCCAUUAAGCAUUUCUUCUGUGAUAUCCCAGCCAUGUUGCCUCUGGCCUGUGUGGACACCUGGGUCUACGAAUACAUGGUGUUUGUGAGCACAAGCCUGUUUCUCCUCUUUCCUUUCCUCGGGAUCACAGCUUCCUAUGGUCAGGUCCUUUUUGCUGUCUCUCGUAUGUGCUCAAAAGAGGGAAGAAAGAAAGCCUUCACUACAUGUUCAACGCAUUUAACUGUGGUGACCUUUUACUAUGCCCCUUUUGUCUACACUUACCUUCGGCCCAAGAAUCUCCGAUCCCCUUUGGGAGAUAAGAUUCUGGCUGUGUUCUACACCAUCCUCACCCCUAUGCUCAACCCCAUUAUCUACAGCCUGAGGAAUAAGGAAGUCCUGGGGGCAAUGAAAAGGGUUCUUGGGAUGUUCCGUUGCAUGAAAAAUUGA